AUGGGGAAGGCUAUUAGUAGGGAACAAGAGUCACAAGAACAGAGGGAACAUAGACAAGAACAAGAUAGAAUGGCAACGGCUAUUAGUAGGGAACAAGAGACAGAAGAACAAAGGGAACAUAGGCAAGAGCAAAUAGAAUGGGAACUGCUAUUAGUAGGAAAAGAGACUCAAGAACAGAGGGAACAUAGGCAAGAACAAGAUAGAAUGGCAACGGCUAUUAGUAGGGAACAAGAGACUCAAGAACAGAGGGAACAUAGGCAAGAACAAGAUAGAAUGGCAACGGCUAUUAGUAGGGAACAAGAGUCACAACAACAAGGGAACAUAGACAAAAACAAGAUAGAAUGGCAACGGCUAUUAGUAGGGAACAAGAGACAAAAGAACAAAGGGAACAUAGGCAAGAGCAAGAUAGAAUGGGAACUGCUAUUAGUAGGGAACAAGAGACUCAAGAACAGAGGGAACAUAGGCAAGAACAAGAUAGAAUGGCAACGGCUAUUAGUAGGGAACAAGAGUCACAACAACAAAGGGAAUGCCGACGAGAUCGGAACACAAGAAGAAAUUCAGUUAGGAGGAACCAACUAA